CCUCAGCAAAGCACUCAGCCGUUCACUUCAGAGUUGGUUCGUUUGAGGUGGGGUGCUGCAGUUUCAGUGCCAAUCUCUGAUAGUGAUCGGAUUCCUGUAGUGUUUUGUUUGGCUGUACUCUGACUGCAACAUGGGGCUGCUUGAUAACAUUUUGUUAUGGAACAUGAUGGCUGUGUUAAUCCUCCUGGGUCAAGCAAUGCCAAAUGUGAAGCUCAAUUCGCAGUCAAGCAGUGGUUUAAGGUCUGAAUGUGUGGGUAAUCUAAUGAGGCUGUCGUUAGACAAGGCUCUAGCAGUGGGUAAUCAGCUCGAGGUGGAGGCCAUCAAUUGCACCCAGCACAUUUUGAUAACCCCCAGCUUGGCUGCUCAGUGUGGAUACAGCAUGGAGUCUGACCCUUGGGGUAACACCAGAAUCUACACGUCUCUGUUGGGCUGCUAUGUGAACAACGAAGAAGAUACGUUUAAUGUUGGCUUGAGACUCCGAAUGUACAGCAAGAGUCAAUCGACUGUGAUUAGUCAUAAUGUGAUGCAGACUUGCAGCUACACUCAGUGGGCCUCCAGAGAGAUUCUCUGCGAUAGGAACUAUAUGGAGGUGUCAAACCACUUGGCUACACCUAAUGUUAAGGGUCGGACUCAGGAUGUUAAAGGCCACUCCAAGAUCAGCACCAUUCCUGAUGCCUCGGAAGCACUUGGUAUCUGGAAGGUAACGUUUAACACCCCACAGCCAGUGAAGAUGUUCCUGAGGGAGGCUGAACAAGCUGGCUACGGUGCCAUGGCUACCUCAACCCGUCUGGUUAUGCGAAGCCCGUACAAUACAGCGGGGACUUAUUCUGAGGAUGUGGCUGGAGUCCCCAUGCAAGUUUUCAAGGUCAGCGCUUACAAGGCAAAACUGGGUCAGAGCAUGGUGAACCUGGCAGCUGCUUGUCCCACAGGUGGCGUCCUCUUUACAAACGAUGUAAUCUCUUGGCACGUACCUCGCCGUGUGACCCCUUUGGUAGAUGUCAAGUUUAAAAUCCUAGAAAUGUACAUGGGCAUCAACGGGCAGAGGCUGGAUAAAUCUCAGAUGGCAGCACGGGGGUACACACUAUACACCACAGACUUGCACAUUGUCAUUGAGAUCCCAGUGGGCUCGCCUGACGGUUACUACAAGAGCCAUGCCCCAGAUUACCAGUACCACGUCACCUACAUCGUGGAGCCCAUGCUUGAGGUACUGUGGAGGACUAACUCUAAAGAUGAUACUAGAUACAAGGUUUUGUUCCCUAUUACCACCCCUCUAAUGCCUCGACUUCCCCACGUCCAAGACAGUAAGUCCCAUUUUCUGGUGGACUAUAGAAAAUCAGGCUUGUGGAGAAGGUUACAAACCUGCUUUCUAUUUCUCAGCUACUGUUUUUCCCUUCAAAGAGACCAGAGUUAUUCUUUACUGGUGCCAUUUGGUGAUGAUGUUGUCCUGAAACAUAAUCCUGAACGCUUGGUUACAGUCUAUUCGCUCCACCUAAUCUUUGGGUUAAUCAUACUGCCUGAAGAAAUUCCAUUUGCCCACCCAGUGGAGUUGCAGGCAUCUCUGCAGGAUGUUGUGCUACCUAUUAUUUCUGGUACCUGUGACCAGAACAUGUUUUACAUCCACGUGAAAUACGGGAGUCAAGGCACCAAUUUCCAGGCCAUGGUUGGACCUCGACCGCUGACACCUGAGGUUGCCGAGGAAUACGGUUUCCAAGAAAACGGCACCCACCUCAGCCUCAUACUGCCAUACGCUGCCAAGGACACCGCGUUCGAGCUGUUUACCUCAGGCUCAGUCAGAGCCAGAGUUGACCUGCUUCUGUUGGAUAUUAUCAACAACUGGGUGCUUGCUGAUUACUUUCUGGCCUGUGACUUCCCCCUAACAACAACUGCGUGCUUCCCCAAUGGAACAAUGAACGCUUUGGCAGUAAAGGUGGAGUCGGUGCCCAAUCUCGUGCCAAGCCAGCUUACUCUAAAGGACAAGUCCUGCAAACCAGUGUUCAGUGACUUUCGCUUAGCAUAUUUCUCUUUCAGUGUUGAUUCCUGUGGGACCACUAGAAGAUUCUUUGACCACUACAUGGUGUAUGAAAAUGAGAUUACCCUGUCCUACAACGAAGGAGUAGCCUACGCAUCACCAAUUGAUCCUGAGUACAGGCAAACCAUUUCCUGCUACUAUGUGAUCAAUGCAACUCGGAUUGUUGCAUUCAGCUCUACACAUAGAAGCUUUGACCCCACAGCAGAGAUCGGCUUAGGGCAGCUAAUAGUGCACAUGAGGCUAUCCCAAGAUUCAUCAUAUCAUCAGUUCUACCAAGCAGAAGACUAUCCAGUAGAGAAAUAUCUGAGGCAGCCUCUGUAUUUUGAUGUAGAACUGAUGGAGUCUACUGACCCACAAUUGGAGCUCAUCCUGGAAAACUGUUGGGCCACCCUUCACAAUAACCGGACAUCUCUGCCAAGCUGGGACAUCAUUGUGGACAGCUGUGAGAAUGGUGAUGACAGCUAUGCAACAAUUUUCCAUCCUGUUGUGAAUGACUCCAAAGUUUUGGUCCCAUCCCACAUCAAACGCUUCUCUGUGAAGAUGUUCACCUUCACUAAAGAUGAAGAGGUUCUGAAAGACGAGAUUUAUGUCCACUGUGAUGCAGUGAUUUGUGACACAAAUAGCCAAGCGGAUGGUUCCUGCAGAGGCCAGUGUGUGCAUCCUACUGGCCUGGGUAAUGCUAAACAUCAAGGAAGAAAAAGACUGAAAAGGGAGCGAAGUACAGACACCACCCACCAAAGGCAGAUCUCCUCUGGACCGAUUGUUCUUCAAAACACUCAGUCAAACCUCAAAUAAAAACAGAAGUUUCUUAAA